CUGACUGUUCUGAGCUCUCGAACACUCUUUGCGUGGAAUCACUUGGUGGAGGACAUGAACCGUCCUAUAGUAUCCUACGACGACAUAACGCUUCCUUACGAAUCCUCCUCGUUUGACGCGUCUCAAUCUCCUACGAACGGCAACUCCUCCAGACACUCAGACGGCAACACGAACUCCAAAAAGCGGAAAUGGGGUGGACAGAAUAAUAACAAUCGCGGUCACUCUAAUGCCAGGGGAAAAACUUAUCAGAAUCCUACAAAGUCUCAAGACCUCGAGGAAGACGAGGACAGUCGGUUUCUGACGCAGGAGGAGGCAUGGGACGAUUCAGCUCUCAUUGAUGCAUGGAACGCAGCGAACGAGGAGUAUGAAGCGCUCAAUGGGCCAGGCAAGGGAUGGAAGAACGAGCCCAUCUGCAAAUCCUCCCUAUGGUACAACACCCCACCGUCGGAACCAGCGAAGAAACGACCCAAAACAGAGUCCGACAUUGUACCUGAGCUAACCAAUGGUGGUGAUGGCGAGACCGACUCUACUCCGAUCGAUUUCUCCUCUUUCGUACCGAAUCAUGAUGCGUCACUUGCCGCUCCUCAAGAGGGUGAGACGGCGCCCGGCCCAGUUCCCCUCGCGUCCGCUGCCUACAUGCCCGUUCCUACGGACAUGACCUCCCAAAUUGAUCCCCGUUUGGUCUCACAGGAUGACGCGUUCUCGCGUGCUCUGAGUGCCAUGUAUUGGGGAGGAUACUGGACCGCCGUCUACCAGUGUCACCGUGGUACAGCGUCGGACGCACGGGUCUUUCCUAGCGUAGGCGGUGAUGAAGGUGUCGAGGAUGAGGACGACAGCGACAGCGAUGAAAGCGAAGAUGAGGCCGACCAAGGGUUCGUUUCAACUCAACGGUGACCUGAAGCAGAGUCCAGGAGAUGUGAGUAGCCGCGUAAGUACAUUGCUAUUGCUUCAGAGGGCUUGUUGGACGUGUUCCCUGCUUGAUAUGUAACCCUGGAUGAUCACAAUAUUCGGCCGAUAAACCCUGCGAUGAUCCAGUCUGAUUUCGGUGUUGGUCGUGCGAGGACUUGGCGGUGUUACAUUUCGUCUACUUAAACCAAAGCAGGACAAGAUCAAAGAAGAUAUGCGAAAGAUUAAAUGGGGCAAUCUUUGUACGAUGUACAGCUUGGUUCCUAGGCUUCGAUGUUCGUCCCCAUUACAUGUUCACGUUUGCAUCCCAAAAGAGAGAAGAAAGAGAUCAUGAUUGCUUGCAGGUCGAGACCAGCAACACUUGCAUAGAAUCGCAUAGCAGCAUAGCAUACAACAAUGGUACCGUGAACUUAGAUCGUGGUCUCGUAUGCGACGGGAACCAUUGUCUGCGGUGUGUUGGAGGCGGUGGCGCUGGCGACGGUGUAGGCCUCACGGGGCAGGGCAGGGAUGCGUUUUAGGUUGAUCCGCUCUGUGUAAGUCAUCAGUAACACAGAACAAGGGGUAUGGUGAGGGCCAGGGUUUUGUGUUGCAGACAACACCAGGCCCAGGCCCAGCGACGAUUAAACGAUGAAUCUACUCACCGCCCUUCUCCUUAGCCUCAACAUGCGCCUCGUGGUUCCGCUUCACACGAUCCAAGAAUUCCUGUCGGCACUUCGAGUGACGGAUGUGCUCAACACGGAGGUUCACACGCUUCUCAAUGUAGCGGUUGCCGACGACCUUGUACACAAUGACACCAACAGCAGAGGGUGUGACGUUGUAGACAAUCCCAGUGCGGCUAGAGAUUAUCAUUAGGUCAAGAUCAAUCGGCGAGGAAGUAUCGGAACGCACCCGUGGUAGUACUUGUGGGGCAUACCCUUUUGCUGAGCGGCAUUAGCCUUGAUGUCGACAAUGUCACCGAUGUGGUAGUUGAUGAGGAAAGUCGACAAUUUUACGGGACCAUGCUCUGCAGGUUGCCGGUCAAUCGAGUGUCUUCCUUUUCAAAAUCAGCAGAGACAGACCCUUGAAGCCCCGCUUGAACAUGUGGCGCGUGCGCGCCCGGUAACCGAAGGAGUGCGGCAUCUUGAGGAGGUCGUCGAGCGGAGGGACGAAGGGGGAAAAUUACUUGCGGGCUGAGGGGACUAUCGUCACGAGCGUGACGUGGUCUCGUGAUGUGCAGCUGCCUAGCUGCACGGAAUGUGCACGUGCAGCAAAGUGUCCAGAGGCCUGAUCUUUUUCCUCCGUAACCUCCUCAAGACCGCGCCGCCUUCGCGUCAAGAAUGCCCAGGGCCCCGAGAAACCACUCCAAAACCUACAAGGUCUCCCGCCGACCUUUCGAGUCUGCGCGUCUCGACACUGAGCUCAAGCUCGCUGGCGAGUACGGACUUCGCAACAAGCGCGAGAUUGCUCGUAUCGCCCUGAUUCUGUCCAAGAUCCGUCGUGCUGCCCGUGAGCUGCUCAAGCUCGACCCGAAGGACCCUAAGCGUCUGUUCGAGGGUAAUGCCCUCAUUCGUCGGUUGGUGCGGAUCGGUGUGCUUGAUGAGACUCGCAUGCGUCUCGAUUACGUGUUGGCUUUGAAAAUCGAAGAUUUCUUGGAGCGUCGUCUUCAGACCCAAGUCUUCAAGAGUGGGCUUGCCAAGAGCAUCCACCACGCUCGUGUCCUCAUCCGCCAGCGUCACAUCCGUGUCGGUCGUCAGAUCGUCAACGUGCCCUCUUUCGUCGUCCGUCUCGACUCCCAGAAGCACAUCGACUUCGCACUGACGUCACCGUAUGGUGGAGGACGCCCUGGUCGUGUUAAGCGCAAGCGGGCUGCUGCUGCUGCCAAGAAGGAGGAAGGUGGUGAUGAAGAGGACGAGGAGUAGACGUUGCGUGACUUUCAAAACGAUUGCUGCGUCGCAUUAUGUUAUGUACCCAUGCCCCAAUCGAUGCAUAUGGCCUGCCCUCAUUCGUCUUAUCCGCCCACACACCCACAAUGAC